GUGGUGGUAAAUGAAUCGGUAAUGAGCUGUGUGGAGAGCAUUUGGAUUUCAAAGACAGCAGUGGCAUAGGAACACCAUUUCUUUGCUGCAUCAGAUGUGUACUGCAUCAUUGAUUGAGGAGUUGCACAUGGAAUUGAACGCUCUGUGGUCGUCACUGAACAUCCUCAUUUUUGACUUAAUCCUGGAGGGGAAGUUAUUGAAAAGGCUGAUGAUGAUUGAGUCUUCCUUGAGGAACUUCUACAGUAGUGUCCAGGAGUUGAGUUAAUUUGCCUGCAGGAAUGGCUACCAUCUUCCUUUGAGCAAUGUAUGAUUCCAGCUGGUGAUGUUUUCCCUUUGAUUCCUGUUGACCUUAAUGGAUGAAUUAUAUUCUAAUGACGCAACUUCAAGAUUUCAGUGAAUAUGUUAACAAGAUUUGCUUAAUAUAUAGCUAGACAUUCACAACUAUUCAUAAAUAAUAUAAAGGGAGAUUUACCAAUAUAAUCUGAUCACAUUGGUGUACCAAACUAUCUCAUUUGAUCAUCUGAUUAUUCUGUCUCUGUUAAAAAUUCUUGCUUUAUAAGUAGUUUGUGGGAAUUUUCAUAUUUAAAAGUUCAGUGGGCCAUGGCAACAUUGCAAAUUAUCUUCUGUCAUUAGUCUUUGAUAAUUAUGUGAUCUUAAUAAGAAAUUGCAUAAUAUAACAUGAUGACUUAGAAAUAUAUCUCACAGAGGUGCAUGCAUGUUGCCAAGAGAAGCACCAGAUAAGACCAAGCCCAUUCCACCCAGGUAUGAUGUGACCACACAUUAUCAGCCCUACUGAUGGGAUUGUUGUUGUUUGUUAUGUACACUAAUGAUUUAGAAGUGAAUGUAGAUGGUGUGAUUAGUAAGUUUGCAGGUGAUACAAAAAUUGUUGGUAUUAUUGAAAUAGUGAUGAUAGGGAACAGAAUAGUAUAGAUCAGAUGGUAAUUUGGCAGGGGGCAGUGGCAGAUGGAACUUAAUCCUGAGAAGUGAGCGAUGAUGCAUUUUUGGGGGUGUGUUAAGGGUUGGGGCAGCCAGUCUGGAAUUUGUCAUAUCACUAAAGUGGCCUUAAAUAAAAACCACAAAUACCAGGUUUUGUGGUACUAACCUCCACAUCCUUGAUUUUCUGGAGGCCUUUGCCAAUUUGACUUCACCAGUCCCCAUUUUCUCUUCUGUUAUCCAAAGGGGAAUCACCUUAUCUGAUCCCACUUUUACCUCUUCAUCAUAAUUGGAGAACCUCAUCCUGACUGAAGAUGACACUGAGGGGCUGCUUGCAAAUGAAAACCAGUUCCACAUGUAUAGUAAUGAUCACCAGGUCUCUUUCACUACCACCUCUUUCAACCCUCCACUUCUUUUGUGUUGUCAGCAAUCCAAUGUUGGAACCAAAAUUUUCUCCAUUUAAAACUGGGAAGACAAAUCAUUGCCAUUAAGGCUUGACAUAAACUCCAUUCACCAGGCACUGAUUCCAUUCUCUUCCCUGGGCACUAUUCAUGUUGAAUUAGAGUAUUCAUAAUUUUGGCAUCCCAUUUGACUUGGAGCUAAGGUUCCAACUCCAUUUUCUCAUUAUUAGUAAUACUGUGUACUUUCCUUUUGUGAUAAUGUUAUCUUUUGCUAUGCCUUAGCCCUUCUGUUGCACAAAUCCUGCUCUUCCCUUUUAUGACCCAGAUUCAACUAUUCCACUAUUAUUCUGACUGGUUUCCAAGUUAAUAAUUCCUUAAAUAUAAUCUCAUCUAAAUCUCUGCUGUCUGUAUUCUAACUCACUCAAGGUCCAUUUACCCAUUUCCACUGUGAUAGUUUCUACAUUCAUAAAUUUCUCAAGUUCCCUUAUAAUAGACUGAAAUGUUAAAAAUACAGCAAGCAGUAUAUUCUAGUGAGAUGAGAAAGAAAUACUUCCUAUCAUCUGAUCUAACUCUUAUACAAGCUAAAUAUGAGAAAACUAGUUAAUCUGUGUAGUUAGUGGUAGUUGAAGUAAGAUGCAAGGUAUGAUGACAAAAUUUACUCUGAUUAGUGCUUUGAGAUCUUCUUUUGCUUUUACCUAAGAAGCUGAUUGGGACCUCUGUUUAUAUGCAUAAAUCUUUAGAAAGGGGCUUGAAUACACAAUCUGAUUUAGAGGUAUGAAUACUAUUACUGAACUCAGUUGUUAUCUCUCCCCUCUUGCCUCCAGUCUUAUCUCCAGCACUCACAUAAUGGACCAAACUACUGCUGUGGAAUGGGUUAUUCUUGGAGUUGCCUCCUCUUCCUUACUUACCAACAGCACUAAAAGAAAUUAUCUGUGGCCUGGAUUUCACAGUAAAAAUGAUGGGAAGUCUACUGUUGUUCAUGGCUAAUAUUCCACAAAUCUUUGGAAUUUCUACAUUUGUUUGUUCAAAUAUGGAAAUCCUCAAGUUACCAUCAUCAAUUUAAGACCAUGUCAGGCCUAGCUGAUGAGACGGCAGGAGACCUCCCUGUGAAGGAUGUAGGCAUGAGCCUGACUGGAACUGGUGGAAUGCAAGAAUCAACUAGUGCACAGAACACUAGAGCUCGCCAAGCAGUGUCUCGUAUCUCCCGCGAAGAGCUGGAGGAUCGCUUUCUUAAGCUCCAUGAUGAAAACUUUUUACUCAAGCAACAUGCACGAAAACAAGAAGAUAAAAUUAAAAGGAUGGCUACCAAGCUAAUUAGACUCGUCAAUGACAAAAAGAGAUCUGAGUUGGAGAGUGGCGGCCCCAAGCGGAUAGGCAGGGACAUUGAGAUGGAAGAAAUGAUUGAGGAACUGCAAGAAAAAGUUUGUGAACUAGAGAAGCAGAAUGAGAGUCUGAGGAAUCGGCUAGUAGCUUCUAAACAGCAGUUGCAAGUUCAAGGCCGUAGAAACACACCAUACAGUUAUGUACAGUCACGCAUAAAUACUGGCCUUAAAAAAGUUCCUGAAGCUGCAUUUAUGCAGGAGAAUCUCAAAAAAGGAAUCAGAGUUCAAGACCCAGAGCUGACAACAAAGUGUAGCCAAUCUUUGCUUCCCAGAUAUGGACACAGUCUGCUUGAAGAUGCUAGGGCUGAAGUACGGAAUCUAGAGAAUUGCAUUACAUCCCAGAAGAUGCAGAUGGAAGAGAUGAAACAAACUGUUGAGAUACUAAGAGAAGAAAUGAGGAAGAAGGAUAAAGAAUAUGAAGAGUCUCUUCUGCAUCUCAGAGAGCAUCAAGCAACAGGGCAGAGGACAACUAUCAGGGAUAAUGUAGAAAUGAUAAAACUACAGAAACAACUUGUGGAUAAAGCAGCUGCAUUAACUGUCUUGGAGGGCAAAUUUAUGCAAAUCCAAGAGAACCAGAGAACCAUGAAAGCCAGUCAUGAUGCUUUAAUGAAUAAAGUUGAUGAACUAAAUGUGCAGCUGAAAGAAGAACGUUCUAAGUGCCUUUGUCUUGAAAAUCAGCUGUACUCAACCUCAUUUUCUCAGAAAGCAUCUGACGAGCUAAAAGAGAGAGUCAAGGAUUUACAAAAGGAGAGAGAUCUUUUGAAGGAAAAUUAUGACAAAUUAUAUAACAGUGCUUUUGACAUGACCAAUGAACAACAGUGGAAGUUGAAGGAGCAGCAGCUGAAAAUACAGAUUGCACAGCUCGAGACCGCACUAAAAUCCGACCUGGCUGACAAAAAUGAUAUCUUGGACAAAAUAAAACUAGAAAGAGCACAAAAUGAGCGACUCUCCCAGGAGAACAAAGAACUGCAGUUGCACUAUCUGGAACACAAGCAACAGUUGGAUGAACUAAAAGAUCGCAUGAAGUUCUUCACCAAAGAGAGUGAUAUUGAUGUGGCUGAACUCAGUGAAGCACUGAUGCUCAUAAAGGUUCGUAAGCAUCAGAAAAAUGGAAAUCUUGAGUUUCUGGAGAAAGUGGAGGACAACAUUAAUAAGGAUCUAGAGUUCUCCAUACGAGAGCUUCAGGCAACACAUGCAGAGACUGUUCAGGAACUUGAAAAGACAAGAAACUUGCUAUUUAUGCAGUACAAGAUUAAUAAAGAUUAUCAGAAUGAGGUUAACACAGUUACCAAGAAAAUGGAAGAUAAUAAUCGAGAAUAUGAGAUCAAACUAGAACAGUAUGCACAACUGCUUGAUGUUAGAGCAGAACGAAUCAGAAAACUUGAAGAUUUGCUGUUUAAGGAAUCAGUUUCCAAGAAUAUUGAUGAAAGCAAGAAGGUGUCACUGUGAUGUUAUAGAUAACUGUAAAGUAAACAUCAUCAUAC